AUGGAACUAUAUUUACAGGUCGCGUCAGUUCUGAGCUCCUACGAGGACGCAUGCCGAAGCGACCCAUUUCUUCAGUCAUUCGAUUCGACCUUCCAACAAAGCACCAGCCGAGUCAUCCACAGCCUGGUAGUGGACGUCGGGAUUGGGAAACUCUCUCUGAACUCACUCGGAGAAGUCACUGGCUACUACUGCAAAACGAAUGAACUAGUGGUAAAAUUCCUUGAGGAACGCGAAGAGGACACAUUGAAGAACGAAGAUCAGUUCGAUGUUGUGAAGGACUACUUCGACAACAGUCUCCAGACUCUGGAUUUCUGUAAUGCUCUCCAGAAGUGCCUCAAGGGUGCCCGAGAGAGCCAAUUGACGAUUCAAGUCGCUUUGCAGCCAUCUGAGGAAGAAGAGAAAGAAGGGUUCGAUGGGAAGAGGAAAAUCUAUUCGAGCACGCUGCAGGAAUUGAAGAAUUUCGAGACUGCCGGUGACCCAUUUACCAGAGAGUUCUUCUUGGUCUUUCAACCUCUUAAAAGUGCGCUUGAUAAGAAGUCGAAUAAAAUGAAGUUUUGGAGGACAAUAUGGAACGUGAUUUUUGGGGUGACUUUUGUUUCUGCUUUGAUAUUUACCAUUUGGGUGCUAUUUGUGCGCCCCCGGUUGAGGAAUUGGGGGCAGUAG